GGUCACAAACGCACCAAAGUAACCUAACUGAACAAUUUCCCCCCUUUGUCAGUCAGUCGAUUCCAAGGAGCGAAAAUGGGUGGAGGAGGAGACCAUGGCCACGGCGACUUCCGAACCAAGGUCUGGACGAUGACCGGUGGUCCCAACUGUCGCCCUCUGCACUGGAAGCGCAACACCGCCAUCGCCAUGGCCGGUAUUUUCCUCGUUUGUAUCCCCAUCGCCAUGAAAUCUGCCGAGCUUGAGCAACGACCACAUAUGCCUGUUCGCCCAGUUCCAUCACAGAUAUGGUGCAAGAAUUUCGGGAACAAAGAGUAUUGAGUUGUGUUAGUUUCUUCUUCUUCUUCACAAAAUUACAAACCUUUGUUAGGCAAAAUGUGGUUGCCUUUUCUUGAACAUUGCGAGUUAUGUCUUGUCUUAGCUAACGCGGAUACAUAUGCUACUAUGGUUUUUGGUGCAUAAUGUUCAGUUUGAAUAAUAAAAACUUUUGUUCGCUCCAUUAUUUUUAUGAAA